GCGAAAAUAUGCCCCAAACUUUGGUGGAGAAAAAUAGAAAUCUAAUUAAAAAUUACCUCAAAUCCCUAAAUGUGCCGCAGUGGUUUCGAGGCAUGUCUGUUUUUCAAACGAAGGCAGCCGAAUCUCUUCAAACCGCCAUGCGUGAUGAUUUGGGACAAAAGACAACGCAUCGAACAUUUGGAUGUUUAAUGACUUUGGGUCUGCAGCCACUGCCAACAGCAUCGCAAAUUUGGAAAUUAUUGCUCUCCAGUCGGGGCAAUGCCAUUGCUUUUCUAUGGUUUCUUAAGGAGUGGCUUUAUGAGCAGGACACCCCGUCUCAAAAGUCUCCUAUAAUAUACUCUCUCAAUGAGCAGCUUAUCUACUCGGCCAUUGCCCAAUUGGAUUUGCCACAAACCCUAAGAGAAUUGGAUAGAAUUUUACCCAGAAAUCCCAGAAUGGAAAUGAAAACGGCAAGCAAUUCCCUAAAGGAAAUUAGAAAGAAACCCCAAGAUGGGCAUGGAAAUCGGAAAGGAAAAUUUGCUCCGUAUUUUGAGAGCCUGAAAACUUUAAGGCAAAGGAAAUCCCAAUACACCAUUUCGCCACCGAAAGCUAAAGCCCAUUUGGAAAGUUUUGAAAAGAAAACCAAUGCUCAAGACCACAACCCUCCCUGGUUCCAGGACUAUCCGGUAAAAGAGAAAUGCGAUGAGGAGAUUUCUGAGUUAAAGGAAAAUUUUGAUAAAUUCAUGAUCGACAAUUCGAAGGUCCAACAACUUUCAGAAAAUCACCAGAGUUUGGAGAACAUCAAGGAGUCAUUUGAAAAUGAAAUGGGUAUUAUUUUUAAUACAGCGACGGAGGCAUGGAGGGAGGAUGAGGAGAAAUUUAUACGCCACCGCCGUACAAUGCAACGUCUCCGGCGAGACAUCGAAAAAUAUCGCCGUGAAUUCCAAACAAAAUUGGAGAGACAUCGUAAACAUUAUAUCCUUGAGAUCCUUACCAAUGGCCUGAAUAAAUCGCAGAGCCUUUACAAUUUCCUGUCACCCUGCAAAAGGGAAAGCAGUGGCAAUUUUGCCACCCUCAUCCCCUGCAGGCGACAUGAAGCCAGCCAUGGCCAAAGAUCCAGUCAAUCCUGUGGCUGUUUAAUUGGCCAACUGGUUAGGCAUGACAGCAAAGUUUUGGCUUGCCACAAUAAGUACCUGCCGAAAAUGGACAUGUUAAUGUCCUGUCAGGAUAACAAGGACAUUCCUGGUGACAAAGGAGAAGAGGUCGAUAAUCAUAAACCAAAUGAAAACUGUGGUUGCCUUGUGGGUCAAGGAGAUGGUUGCCGCCAGCAUUGUAGCUGUUGUCGAAGGACGGAAUCAUCUGCCAGUUUAAGGGGUUUCAAAGAAAAAUAUAUGUCCUUGGAGUCCCUUAAAAGUUUGCACUCCCAAAAUUCUGGAACCUCGCUGCCAGCUCCCCAGUAUUUCUGGGCUCCCAAUUCUAACCACAACAGCCCACACUUUGAUUAUCGCAAAAUUUUCGAAUUUAAAACUACCAACCCUGCGAUAAUGGAGUUCCAAUCAUCCUUCCUUGAGGCCAUAGACAGUGACAUUGCUCUGCUGAAUAGGCUGCAAAAACAACAAUAUUUUGAAGCAAAUCUCCCCGAGAAGGCACUCCAAGAGGCCAUUGACAAAUGUUAUUGGAAAUCUUUUCACCAAGGCCUCGAAGAGCAGGAGAACUUGGAAAAAUUGAAUAAUUCCCAAGAAUCGAAAAUUUACGAUCCCCACGAUGAAGGGCUCAUGGAUCGCAUGCUAAAGGAUGCCUUGGAUCGCAUGAAAAAGGAUCCUAGGUUUGUUUUAGCAUCCCUGCCAGAAGCCCAUUGUUUGCCCUAUCUUCGGGAAUGGAUCCGUUUGCGUUAUGGCAAACGUUAUGCGAGGAUGUAUUUAACGAAACUUUGUGAUCAGGAUCAGGGUAUUUUUCGAGCCUUGAUAGAUACGGAGAUGACGGUGCCAGUGCCACCCACAAGUGAUUUGGGCAUUAGUUCUUUGGUGGACUACUCGUGUCGGGAUUAUUUGAGGAAAAAGUCCGAUUUCAUUCGCAAACAUUUCUACACGAACAUCAACAAGGCCAUGUUGGAACAGUCCCGCCUGGUCUACUUUGCAAUGCGUCCCCUGCUCUGUGGCAAUGCCUGGCCGAACAACACCAUAUUCGCCUAUAUGCCAGCCCAUGGUAGACAAAUUUGUAAUUUCCGUCCCUGGCGUUCGCAUGAAUUUAAUGAUAAUCGUCAAAUGGCAAUGGAACGACUGAGGCAGGUCAAAGCCAAGAGGGGGAGUUUGUAUUUGUAAAUAUUUGAGCAAAAUAUACUCAAAGCCUCUAGGACCCAGAGAGAGGAGCAGAAUUCACUUAUUACAUACUUUGGACCAGUAUUUUUAUGUUUUGAUCGAAAUUAAAUUGAAGCUGCCAAACUCCUCCUUUUCCAAGAGAUUUCUAUGCCGGAUAAGUUAAUUAUAGUCUGAGUGCCGAGCAUUUAAUCCAAUCUGGGAUUAUUCAUUUCCUGUCCUCUGAUGUAAACGAAGCUAAACGCUGCAUGUUGUAAUGUGUUAAACGCUUUCGGACAUGCAAGUGAUCAAAUUGCAGGGCAGCCGAUAAAAUCAACAACACGCUAUCGUUUUUUAGCUUCUCAAAACUUGCCAAUAUAUAACUGACAAUUGAUUUAUUUUUGCAUCAGUCAUUGUUUUACCAACAGCGAAACAAAAAAAUAAUAUUUGGAAAAAAUGAGAAUUUUGUUAAUGGCGUCCCUGCUGGUAUUCCUAGCCCUCAUGGGUGUUGGAUGCGGUGAAGCUAUGAAGUCCUCUGAACAGGCUGGGAAUCUAUUUGAUUUCGGAAAAAUGAAGAGCCAUCAUCGGGUCCGCCGUCAAAUGCCACCUGGAUUGCCGGCCCCUGAAAUACCCAUGCCUCCUGGCUUUUAAAGGAGCCGCAAACGUGGAUUUGAAUCCUUCACAAUUUAAAAUUAUUUAACUUAAUAUUUGUUUUUGCAAUUUCUAAUUUUUCUUUAAUAAAUUUUUGUUAUUGUUGUUGUGAAACAAGGUACCGUAUGAUAAAGAAAGAAAAACUAAGCUCACUUUU